GAGUGAGAGAGUGAGAGAGAGAGAGAGAGAGAGAGAGAGAGAGAGAGGUGGAGAUAAUACUGUGGGGCUGUGUGAGGACGGGUGAGCAGAGAGAGAAACCAUUUCUCUUCUCUCUCUGCUUUUCAAUCAGCCAGUCUUGUCUCUUUGGUAUCCACCAAGCUAUCUGCUCUCUGGGGACUUUUCUACUUCUGCUUACAGUGAUUUUGUUUCUUGUGGAGUCCAAAACAAACUUAAGAAAGGAGAAAUAGAAGAAGAGGGGCCUGUGAGGGAGGACAAGGCCAUGGCCUCCUGGUUUAGCUGGAAUGAGCCUUAUUACCGGAGCCCCCGGCGGGACCCGGCCGACGUGGUCACCGACACCCUGAUGCUGGAGUUCAGCUGGCAGCUGAAGGAGGCCGAGAGGCAGCAGAGGGAGAGGGAGAACGAGUACCGGCGCCUCAAGACCGGAGUGGACUACAGCUGGCUGGCCAGCACGCCUCGCUCCUCCUACAGCAUCAGCACCGGGGAGAAGCUUGGCCUGGAGGACCUCUGCUCCAAGGUGCCGCCGUCCUGCUGCGGGCUGGUCAUACUGAAGUUCAGGGAGGUAAUGCAGGCCAAUGAGCCCGAGGCGCAGGAGGUGUCCAGCCUGUUCCGCUCUGUCCUCCUGGAGGCUCUGGACCACCUGAAGGAGGAGCAGGAGGCGCAGCGGCUCGCCCGCCAGUGGAACAACAAGCGUGCCAUGAGCAUGUCCCUCAUCAACUUCAAGUCCCGGAUCAAGAUCAACCCCUUCGGAAGCACGGUGGGUCUGACCUCUGCUGCGGCCGACGGAGCGGGGCUGAGCGACCUCAAAACGGUGUCAGAGGACGUGGAGAAAGGGGCGGAGAGGUCGCAGAGAGUAUGGAGCGUGCCUGACUUCAGAUACAAAGGAACCAGUAGCAGUAAGGUUGUCUGAUGCGGGGCGUUCAGGAGAGUGAUGACGGGACAUUCGAGUGGGACAGAUGCUGAUCUCGAGAACUCUGCUGCAGUACAUCCUCUUUACACCUGAUUUUCAGUAUGAGACCACUCAGCAUUUGAUCUGUUUACUUAUCUUUUCAUCUGAAAGGGCAAUGCCAGGUGUUUUCUCAGAUCUUCUGUACCUUGACAGCACUAAGUUACAGUUUCAGUUUCUAUUGACUGAGAUUAUCAGCUCUUGCAAUGAUGCCUUUUAUAUUUUGUAGAGAUUUGGCAUCCAAGCACUGAGGGCUAUUUACUGUAGCUUGGUAGGGAUAUUUAUGUAAUUUUAAGCUUUCUUGUUGCAGGACAAAAUGACUUCACAAAUGCCCUGAAAGGUAAAUGGUCUUUUAUGACAGAUAGUUUUGCAAGAGAUUUCUGUAUAGAUGUUACCCAUACAGUCUUAAAACAAAUUGCAGGUAAUAUUAAUGUUCACAUUAAGGUCAUUCAGAGAGUGAGUCAUGCUCUCUCCACCGACAGCACUUUGUUGUCUCGCAACAGCACAAGGACUCUGCACAACGAUUCUUCAUCCAAGGUCAGCAAACACAAAGCUUUCCUUCCGUGUUCUUCAUUUGAAAGAGUGUGUCACAGACGAAAACGCACCAAGAAAUGAUCACUGUAUGAGAAAAGAUCUUUCUGAGUGAAACAUUUCGAAGUAAAAUCUUCCCAUCAGUUUA